GUGACAAGUGAGCAAGCAUUAAAGGAGUUUUUCAUUCCAAUCACAGGGUUCCCAUGGCAAGUUAAAAGUGCAAUUCUCUCAACUUUGAGCAUCAUAAUACGGAAGGGUGGGUUGGCCCUAAAGCCUUUUCUUCCCCAGCUUCAAACAACAUUUGAUAAAGUGUUUGCAGGAUAAUACAAGGACUGUUCAAUCAAGUGCUGCUCUUGCCCUUGGUAAACUAAGUGCACUCACAACUAGGAUUGAUCCUUUGGUGUUGGUGAUCUUUUAUUUGCUUUACAGUAUUCAGAUGUUGGAAUUCGUGAUGCUAUUUUGACUGCUUUGAAAGGAGUGAUUAAACAUGCUGGCAGAAGUGUGAGCAGUGCUUCUAGAACACUUCUAGUAACAUAGUUUCUCUCAUUAAAAAUAAAAAUACAAGGUUGUUGUAUUUUUUUUUUUUUUUUUUUUUUUAAAAGAAGAAAGGAAAUACUUCAAAAUAAUAUACUGUUCCAGAUGGCGGCAGGCAAAACAGAAAAGCUUCUCUUUUUCGCUAAAUGCCAGACUGAAUCAACCCAGUCUUGUGUCUUGGAUCCAGUGGUUCUAUCAAAAUGGCGGUAUGCUGGGCUAUUUUUCUCGCUCUGUGUUGAUAUGACGGACAACGACUUGGCUUAUUUGGAGUGCAUCCACUUGUUUGUGGAGAUACUGGAUCACUUCUUUAGUAAUGUCUGCGAGUUAGAUUUGGAUUUUAACUUUCACAAGGUAUAUCUAAUCUUAGAUGAAUUCGUUCUCGCUGGGGAGCUCCAAGAAACAAGUAAGAAGGCUAUCAUAGAGAGGUUGAAUGAAUUGGAGAAGUUGGAGUAAAGAUUGAUGAUCCAUGAUGGCCAAUCUUCAUCCAUAUUCCAAAGUAUGCACCUUUUUCAUUUGCUCCCCUUUGAUCUUUCUGAACAUUUAGGAUUAUGCCUGCUUCUGUUUGAGACUUUGAAUCUCUAGAAUUUCUUUCGAU